GGGCGGGAGAGAGGCUCUUGGAAAUCUGCUCUAUACCCCUCAGCACCACCACCACCACCAACACCACCGCUGCGUAAUCAGGCAGCUCCAGCAGGGCUGAGGCGCACUGAGCCACACAGAGCUCUGCUUAUUGAUAAGACUCCUUGGAAGAAGAGGACUACUCAGACUACUACCGUGCUGAUGACCUGCCACGUUAUUUCAGACGUUCAGCUGGGAUCGCAUCACGGUUAAUUAAAGAGACCCACUGCAUGGGGGAAAAGAGAAGACAGUUGGAUAUAUUGUAUUUUUAAAGAAAACGGGACAUAAAAUGGAAUAAUUGAAACUCACUUUCUGAGUUCUGCAUAUAGUUUUGUCUUGUAAAGUUUGUGACUUGGAAAAUGUCGUUUUGUUAAUUAAAUGUAUUGAUCCGUUUUUACGCACACUUUUACGCAAGGUGAAUUAAAUAGAAAAGCGCCUACAUUUUUGGAUGUUUAUUAUUCAUCCAGGACUGUGGAGCUUCUUCUUCUUUUUUUAUGACAUAAAAGUUGCGUGCCCCUGACCUGACACGAGCGCUUUCUUCAUCUUCUUCGGAUAUCUCUGACUGGAGAGACAACACAGUGUUGGACAGACCUGUCUCUACGCACGCAGCAGUAGUUCCGCAGGGCGAGCCGCUGUCCCCCCGCGCGCAGUGCUGAGGAGAGAAGGGAUUCUCUCGCGCUUCCAUAAAUGCCCGGUCCGUCGAGGAGGCUCGAGGCUGGGCAGCAAGAUGAGCUCGUGGGUCCGGCUGCUGCUCGCGGUGCUGGCGGCGUGUCUGCGGUUUGGCGUGGCCGAGGGGGAGCCUCUGCCUGCAGCCCUGGUGGAGCUGGUUAGAAACAGUCCCAUCUCCUCCAUAGAGGACCUUCAGCUGCUGCUGCUCACUGACUCCGUAGAUGAGGAGGACGGGAUUUCUGCAGCCAAUGGAGGUCAUAGGAUACCAAGGAGCCUCGAUGCCCAGCCAGCUCAGCAGGCUCUGUGUAAAGUUCGUACAGAGGUGGUCGAGGUCACCAGGGCGAUGUUGGACCGCAGCAACGCCAACUUCCUGUUAUGGCCGCCCUGCGUCGAGGUGCAGCGCUGCUCUGGCUGCUGCAACACCAAGAGCCUGCAGUGCGUCCCCGUCGUCACGCACACCAGAUACUUGCAGGUCAUGAAGAUUGAGUACGUCAAUAAAAGACCUACGUACGCUAAAGCUGUGGUGUCAGUGGUCGAUCAUGUGGAGUGUCGAUGUCAGCCUGCGCCACGUCCCCCUGUGCCCAAGAAAAAAUCAUCUCGCAGACAGCAUAACCACCAGCAUCGAAACCAGACACUCAGCCAAGGACACGGACAGGUCAAGGUGCACUCCAAGGAUGAACUACAUCAGUGGGAUGAGCUGAAGCAGAACCAGAGGGCCCGCCUGGAGGAUCUCCUGGAGCAGCACUGGAGCCCCAGAGGAGACACCUUCACUCAGCCCGGAGAAGGGUACAGCCUGACCGGGGAGGACACAUCUCGCACUGGAGAGGCUAUUCUUUUUGCUCCACACUGGGCACAUAAUGGCACCAGGCUCAUUGGGACUACAGACCAAACUGAGAAUGUGGAGAGGAAGAAUGGGGGGGUCUCUGAAGGCAACAAGACUGUUUCCUCAGUGGAUAAUGUUGGCGUCGAGGUAAAGAACAAGUUGGCAGAAGGUGGGAAUGGGUUGCUGCUCAACAGCACUGAAGGGAAAGUUAAUACGGGAAACAGUAGCAGGGACGAAGGCACGCAAACACACAGUCCACUGUGGCAAGACAACAAAUCCAAACUUUCAAAGAGCCACACGAGUGGUUCCUCUCACCCUGUUACUCAGAUUCCUGAAGCUAAGUUCAGUCCUACUGAGGCGCCCAGUGAUAGAGUCGGGAGCAGGUUCCGACCGACCAAAGAACCAAAUCCAGAGCCUCGAGAACAGGCGAGACGGAGAAACAAUGAUACUCCUGAGGAGGUGAGGAUUUUACAGAUUGAGGAGGAAAAACUGGAGCAGGAGAGAAAAGAGCUUCUACUUCUCCACAAGAGGCUGGACCAAGAGAAGGAGAUACUGAGACAGCAGCAGAUGAAACGUGAAGAGGAUGAAAGGCAGAAAGAAAAGGAAACGGAGAGCCAACAUCACCUGCAUGGUAAACAUCACCAUCAUCUGCAAACAACAACACAGAAACCAGCGACAACAUCUACGACUACCACACGACAGCCAUCUGCUCCAGCAGGCCCCAGACCCCCAGCCCGUCCAAGGAAAAGGAUGAGGAAGAAUCGCAAACGAAUCAGCAAGGCAGCUAUGAGAGCAAUGCUAAUGUAGAGCUAAAGUAAAGCCAGGGACACAAAGUGAACUUGGUGUAUUUCGUGGAUCCAGAGGUGAAGCAGAGUGACUCCCUUCAUAUAAGUAUUUAUUCACUUGUCAGUAACCUGCUCGUCCUGUGAGAUCUCCUCCGUAACACUACUAAUGACUGUCUGGUGAACCCUGUAGCUACACCCGUGUGGAGUAAGAGGAGGGUAAGAAGAAAAUGGAAUAUAAAUAAAAGGUGGACCUUGUCAAGAGAACGCUUGCCUCUACAACGACAGUUGCUGGUAUGAAGUAACAAGUGGCACCCAAAGAGGCAACAGAACCUGUGGUGGGACUGAAACUGCAUCGCUGUAGAGCUGUGGACAAUAGUGCAAUUUCAAAACUCUUCUUGAACCCUUGUUUUGAUAUCAACAGAGAGAAACUGCACUUACAUGUUGACAGAACUGAGUCUUUAUGGGGUUUAAAUGACAAAGUUUGUUGCUGAAAGACUUCUUUGAUAACCACAAUCAUAUGGACAACAAAGUGCAUGUGGUGGAAAAAUGGACAUUAAAUGGACAUAACUCUUUUGUGUCAUUGAAAAAUCUGUUGUAUUGUAAUUGGAUAAUCUUAAAGACAAUCAUCUGCAACAACAAGUGACUAAAAUGAGCAGUAUUUCCACAUACUGAGGGGCUCAGUAUUGGGAAGGUAAAGCUGUGUAGAUUUACCUGAUAUCAUUUAUUAGCUCCGUAAAACAACGAUGGUCUCUCUUUAACCGUAUUUAAUUAUAUUUAACUCAUUGCAAACACUGGAAUUACACAGAUGUGAUCAGAGAACAAAAACGUAAAAUGUUGCAUUUCAAAAUCUCAUCACAGGCGUGAAUAAAAAGGUGCUAUCUGAAUACGAGGUGAUAGCGUUACACCUGUGACCUGACAUUGUGCUAUGUUUCUUAUUUAUUUAUCUUUGCCAUUACUGUGGAUUAACUUUUUUUUAUACAAAUACUGCAAAGAAAAUGUGGUUGAGAUAUGUAACAAUGCCUCAUGAUGACUGGGUGGUUCAAACAAGAAAGAAAGAGAAUUUUUAAAGAAAAACGAUCAAAACUUUCUGUGUCCUCCCAGGAUCAUGCAGUGUUUAACUUCUGUGUCACUUGUGUCAUGCAUCUCAAUACUCAUGUAGACGCAUUUAUCUGUUUCUCUAUUUGAUAAAGACAUGUCUCUCUUCCACUGAAACAAUCACAUUCCUUUUACACUCCGGGAGGAGGGGAAAGAAAAACCUACCUACAACACAUUUUUCUUCAAGUGCCCCAACUGUAUUUGUUUUAUUAAUCUACAACACAUUGGUUUUGACAUUUCCAUUACAGGAAACUAAAAGGGUCAAAACAAGUAAAUCAAUAGUCACUUCAAAGGAGAGCAAAAAGCCACACAUUGCAAAUGUAGAUAGUUUUUGUGUCCUUUUAUAUUUCCAUUAGUAACAACACGUAGAAACACACUGGUGAUGCUAUUUGUGUCCAAUAAUCCAUAAUCAGCCAAACAUCUUAAGUUAUUGAAAAACAUGGCUUGUACGUUCUUCAUGCAAACUUACAACUGUUACUGAUUCUGAGUCUGUUUUAUUAUGAGAUAUGAUGGAAAAAACAAAAUGUUUGUGAUAACUUUGCCACCUAAUGCUAUUUUCAUAUGGGUAUAAGAAGCUAAUGUGCUUAAAUCUA